AUGGUUUCAAGAAAAUAUCUGGACGCUCAGCUCCGGGCGUUUCGGGACAAAGCGGCCAGAGCGAUGCCUGGCAGUGACUGGAGCCCGAUUGAGUUGACCCCUGGCCUGCCUCCGGAGAGGGCUGAUGUGGUGAUUGUGGGAGGGGGAGUCAUAGGAUGGUCCAUCGCAUACUGGCUGAAGAGGAAGGAGUGAGUGAGGGAUAGUCUGAGAGUGCUGGUGGCGGAGAAAGACCCUACUUAUUCCCAGGCGUCGACUGUGCUGUCAUGUGGUGGAAUUCGGCAGCAGUUCUCCUUGAAAGAAAACAGCCUGCUGUCACUGUUUUCAGCUCAUUUCAUGAAGAACAUUAAUAAUCAUCUCUGGGUGGUAAAUGAAGACCCCGUUGAUCUGCAGUUUCAUCAUUCAGGAUAUCUCUUCCUCGCCAGUGAAAAAUCAGCUCAUAUUAUGGAGGAAAACUACAGAACUCAAAGAUAUGCAGGGGCGAAGGUCGCCCUCCUGUCACCAUCCCAGCUGAAGGAGAGAUUCCCCUGGAUGAACACGGAGGGGGUCGCUCUGGCUUCUCUUGGACUAGAGAACGAGGGCUGGUUUGACCCCUGGUGUCUCCUGAAUGCUCUCAGACAGAAGGCUGUGUCUAUGGGAGUCUGUCAGUGCUUUGGAGAGGUCACAGGAUUUAAAUGUGCCACAAAUUUGGCAGAAACUACAGAUGGAGAGGUUCUUAAUGUCAAAAGGAUAAAAUAUGUUAAUGUGCGGAUGCCCAACAGUCUGGAGUAUCAGCCCGUGGAAUAUGCCAUUGUGGUAAAUGCGGCAGCUGCAAACUCAGGAAAGAUCGCCGCCAUGCUAGGCAUCGGAUUAGGUCCAAAAGAAUCUUUGUCUGAUUUUCCAUUACCCGUGGAGCCCAGAAAGAGGUUUGUUUAUGUGGUACAUUGUCCUGAUGGACCAGGGUUGGAUACUCCAUUUCUGAUUGACUAUUCAGGGGUUUACUGCAGACGAGAGGGACUGGGAGGAACUUACAUCACGGGAAUGUCGCCAGAGGAGACAGAAGAACCAGACAUCAGUAACCUUGAUGUAGACCAUGAGUUCUUUCAAGAGAAGGUCUGGCAUCGUCUGGCCCACCGUAUUCCUGCAUUUGAGCAACUGAUGGUUUCAAGUGCAUGGGCUGGAUUGUACGACUACAACACCUUUGAUCAGAAUGGCAUUACUGGACUGCACCCUCUUGUGCCCAACAUGUUCUUUGCCACGGGCUUCAGUAGUCACGGUCUACAGCAGUCUCCUGCGAACGGACUCGCUGUGGCUGAACUUAUUCUGGACGGAGGCUAUAAGACCAUCGACCUCAGUGCUUUUGACCUUAAACGGAUCCUCCUGCAGGAGCCCAUGCUAGAGAGAAACAUUGUGUGAGGAGCACAAAAACAUAGAGGGAAGGUGUAUGUGUCCUCAGGACGGAGCCACUUGACAUGAACGUUAAAAUAAGGACAUCAUGGUCCAGACAGAACUCUCACUUGAACAAUGGAAUCCAAUUUUCAGGAGGAUGCAUUCAGUUUGGUAACAAAAUGUAAGGAAGCUCAGAUUAUUAAGGCAUGAAAGAGAAGAGUGAUCAAUGCUGCUGGAUUCAACAAAACAUACUGUACAAGAAAUGUAUGGUAGAGAUCAGGAAAUUCAGAUGCACAUUUUGUUAAUUUGUAAUUGCAUAUAUUUCAAUAUGCAUAUGAAACAGAUCAUGAUAUAUCCUAUUUUUCUAAUGUUUUUCUAAGGAUUAUUAGGGGCCGAGCAGAAAUGGUGCGAGGACCCUCUUGGAAUUGCACUGUUUAUUAUUAGAGCCCAAGCCACUAGGGGCGCAGGGCCCUAUUGUUCUUCUAAGGAUUGUUAUUUAUUUAUUUAUUCUAAGUUUUUUGGGGUUUUGGGGCCUUUAAAAUGCUCAAAAACUCUUGAAACUUUGCACAUAUGUUGGAAUCUGCGGCCGUCAGGGCCGGACAGAGUUUCACAUGGGGGUGGUGGGGGGUUCACAGGGCGGCCCGUGGCACAGACUUUAAAAAAGCCAUUUUCGAGGGGCUCUGUAGCACACACCGUUUGACCUAAUCACCAAAAUUCAUUCACAUCUAGAUCUCAUCAGCCCGUACAACUUUCGUGCUGACAGACAGUAAGUCGGCUAUUCAAGGUUUUGUGAAAAGUGCAUGCAAAUGCUU